ACAUCUUCCUUGGUUUCCGCAGGACACGAUGUUUGCACGAGGGUUGAAGAGGAAGUGCACGGACAGCGAGGAAGACGGGGAGGGAGCCCUGGCGGCCUUCCGGGCCGCGCCCUCCUACAGCCUGCAGCGGCAGUCGCUCCUGGACAUGUCCCUGGUCAAGCUUCAGCUGUGCCACAUGCUGGUCGAGCCCAACCUCUGCCGCUCGGUCCUCAUAGCCAACACUGUCCGGCAGAUUCAAGAAGAGAUGACCCAAGAUGGGACUUGGCGGGUGAUGGCACCUCAGACUGCGGGGCAGGCGCCGCUUGACCGCCUCGUCUCCACAGAGAUCCUGUGUCGCUCGGCGCGGGAGGUGGAACCCCCUGGCCCUGGCUCAGGGGACGGCCACGCACUGGACCUGGUUUCUGAACUCUCCACGGCCCCAUCUGCACAGGCCCCGAGGAGCCCGCAGAGCAGUGUCUGGGAGGUGGACAGCCCUCGAGAAAGCAGAGGGGGCUUUCCGAAGUCGCUGGAUCAGAUAUUUGAGACCCUGGAGAAUAAAGGCCCCGGUUCCGUGGAGGAGCUGUUUUCAGACGUGGACAGCCCCUACUACAACCUAGACACCGUGCUCACGGGCAUGGUGGGCAGCGCCAAGUCCAGCCACGGGGAUGCGCUUGAGGCCUUGGCCUCCGCAGCUGCCCCACCGCCCAGCUCCAGUUGCAAGGACCUGGGGGAGCUGGACCAUGUGGUAGAGAUCCUGGUGGAGACCUGAGCCGGCCGCGUGCCCACGACGCAGAGCAGGUGCAUCGGGAGGCCCCAAAAAGACCCAGAGCACUGGGGCUGGGAGUGUGCCUGCCCUGCCCGCCGGGUCGGCCCUGGUUGUCUGCGGCGGAGAUGAUGUCCUGGCGCCGCGUCCAGGCGGCCUGCUCCCCCCACCUUCCUCCUCUAGGGGGUCGGGCAGUUUUCCUACAGGCUGGUCCUCCCCCCGCCAACCUCCCACCAGCCCUGGGCCCUCGUCCCCUCUGCGUCCCGCGACAGCUCCGUGGAGGAUGCGCACCACCAGCUGCAUCCAGCCCCGUUUAACUUUAGAUAGGUGACUUUUUUAAAAUUAAGUUUUAUAUGUUUUGGGCAACAUUUUGUCUUAAGAUAUAUUUUCUAAACUUUUUAUAUUUUUAUCUUUUUAGAUUUUUUCAGCUAUUUUCUUAAAAGUAUAUUUUUUCUAUCAACAUCCUCUGCUGCUACAUUAGAAACUUCUGUAACCUAAACGGUCCUGGUCGGUGUGUUGCAUUGUUUAGCGUGUGAAUGAGGACCUUCCUUCUGUGCGUUGGUGCCUGCCCCCGGCCAGCAGGCCCUGCCAUUCGCACUCGUGAGUGAGCCCCUUGCACCCUGCCCCGCUCGCCCCGCGGGUCCGGCUGUCGUCACAGGCCUGCCGUGCGAGCGGUGUCUCCGUUAGACUCGGAGCCUUCGGAGGGUCUUAUUUAUGGCUGUUUAUACAGAAGUGUCGCUGGAGGCAGUUGGCCGUCUGCUCAGACACUGAGGCAUCUCGGGCACUGCCUGCUGAGGAGCUGACUCUCGGGGGCCCCCUGGCAGCCCCGGGCACAUGCUGCAGAGCCCCCUGACCAGCUGGGUUGCUGGACCUGCAUUCGUGGGGCCGACGCGCAGAGGCUGCUGUGUGCCGGGUGUGUGUCCGUGUACUGCUGGAUUGCAGGGUGCUCACGCCUCGGCUGGUGCUGAGACAGGAUUUUGAGACUCAGUUUAAGUCUAGAAUGAAAGAAAUCUGGAUGCGUGUAAUUUAUGCCCCUGAUCUUGAGGGCAGCUGACGGUGGGGUUGGCAGGGCCAUGCCAUUGAAAAGUUUGGUGGUGUGGUGUGUGUGCCCUGAGACCCUGCACUGGGCACCGAGACUGCCCAUGUCUUUAAGAUCUUUUUCUCAGGUUUACAAGUAAGACUGUCCUUCCCUGCCACGUUUCCUGUUUCCUUAGAAAGGUUUGCUUUCUUGUGCAUGUGACCGUUCUUCAGAAUCAGCAAUGACCACCUCACUGUAUUAAAAAUUACCCAGCACAGAGCAAAUGUGUUGUUGAUUCUCUUCCAUGUCACAGUCCUCGAGUGGACCUGUUUCCCUUUUGGUUCUGUGCGCCUGGUGGAGGCGGAAAGGCACUGCGCUUGGAGUGCCCUUCCCCUCGUGCUGCACCGUGCCUGGGCUCUCGGGAAGCUGCGGGUGAAAUGCAGAGGCUGGCUCGCAACAUCCCCAGUUGCUUCCUUCAGAUUUUGAAAGUAUUUUCUUCUCGUGGAACGUGGUUUAAAGUGUGUGUGUUUUAUAAGCAAUAAACCUAAAGCUUUGAGUCUCU